AUGCUAGCCGUGCUCCGGAGUCCUGGGGGGCUCGGCUCCCACCUGCGUCACCUUGGGCGCCCACUCACCCCGCCAGGGUCACCCCGACGACCCCUGUCAGAUGCAGGGCAGUCCAUCCGCAAGAUGGUGGGUAGGUUCUGCCUCAAGAAGACGGACCUCCAGGACCAUGGCCAACCCAACCCCAGCUGGAGUCCGGCCCUGUCCGGCCUGUUCGCCACCUUGCUCGCCAGGACCGAGGACGGGAGCGGAUGGGUCAAGUUGCCUUCCUACAAAUCCAACGGAGACCACAUCCGCGGACUCAGGCUGCCUGGGAUCCCCUCCUCCGCCUCCGACCAGGCCUCUCGGCUCUUCACCCGGGGCUUCGAGACGGAGGGUCGCGGCUUCGAAUACGUGAUUUUCUUCCACCCGGACCAGAGGAAAUCGGUCUGCCUGUUCCAGCCGGGACCGUGCCUGGAGGGGCCGCCGGGAUUCACCCAUGGAGGGGCCCUCGCGGCUAUGAUCGACGAAACCUGCUCCAAAACAGCCUACCUGGCCGGCCAGGGACUCUUCACCAUGAACCUGAACAUCAAAUUUAAGAACCUGAUCCCCAUCCAGACAGUGGCUGUGCUGGACGUCCAGGUGGACAGGAUCGAAGAUCAGAAGCUGUUCCUCUCUUGCCUCGUCCGCAGCCCUGACGGAGAGAGCUUCUUCGCCAAGGCUUCAGCCACAUUUCUCCAGUUGGAGCUGGAAGAGGAGACGGUGGAGUAGAUGCCCCCGGGAGGGGACCACAACCGCGACGCCUCGCUCUCCGC